AUGUCAGGCCCCAAGAUUGCCUGCAUAUGCGUGAUUGGAAAGGCUGACAAUCCUCUCCAUAUCUCAAUGUUCCCACCGUACCAAGACUCCAGUGUAAAUUUCUCGUUCUCUUUGAAUGCAUGCCUUGAUAUCUUUGAGAUACGGCAGAAGAAGACUCCAGUCGGUCAGGAUCUGGGCCUCUUGCAUGCGAUCGAUGAGCGAUUAGCCGCGUAUGGCUGGUUAACAACCACUGGGGUGAAGUUCUUGAUCAUGGUGGAUACAAUAGGGCAACCAACAGGUGUUGGGGCUGAAAGUUUGGGCAUCGGUGCGAUGGCGACAUUGAGGGAAUCGGACUUGAAGCCGGCACGUUUCUACCAUCUUACUUUGCAACACACUUGA